CAGCAGACGAUCCAGCAAAAUCCGGCUGAUAUAGAUUUGAUUCUCACCCCUCCUCCCGAUCUUGAUGAUGGUGUGUGGAAGUACGAACACCUCCGUCAGUUCUGUCUACAGCUGAACGGUCUGGCCUUUAUGCUGCAGGAGGAAUGCAACCCUGAAACUUGCAUUCAAAUGACAGCUACGGAACAGUGGAUAUUCCUUUGUGCUGCCCAUAAGAAUCCAAAAGAGUGUUCGGCUAUCGACUACACAAGACAUACACUUGAUGGUGCAGCAUCACUCCUUAACAGUAACAAGUAUUUCCCGAGUCGAAUAAAUAUUAAGGAAUCGUCACUAUCGAAAUUGGGUUCUGUGUGUCGACGAGUGUACAGGAUAUUUUCACAUGCUUAUUUCCAUCAUAGACAAUUAUUUGAUGAAUUCGAAAACAGCACUCAUCUUUGCAAACGAUUCACCACCUACGUGACGAAAUACAACUUGAUGGCUCAGGAGCAUCUGAUCGUUCCUAUUCUACCAAGUCAGCAGUCGUAG